AUGCAAACUCACAUGGACAAAUCAAUACGACUGGUGCCGAUGGACCACACCGUGGAAGAGAAGGAGACCUGGCCAGAAUACGUGGAGCUCAUAGUUCCGCAGCGACACGUUAAGCGCGUCAAGACAGCUUUGGAAGAGCACAAGCUGCUAAAUAGAAAGAAAGGGAUCGGCCGAAGCCGUCCCUUCGUUAAGAUUGUGAAGGAGAGUUUUAAUACUCUGCCGCCGGACUUGUUGGACUCUCUGGAUCUCUCAGUACGCGCACUGAUCGAACAUUUUUCCUCCUCAUACACCAUCUACCAACCCAUGCUCCUCCUACCUCGCAAUAACUUCACGCCAUGUCAGACGAGCACCCUCAGUUCGCCUGGGUUCCAGCCGUUCUGGGCGCGCAUCGCCGCACGCAUGGGAGUCACGCACAUCGCCAUCAAUGCUCCUAUACCUCUUCAAGGGGCAACAUCAGAUGCAGUUCCAACGGGUGUCGAUGGCACCCCGAGCGAGAACACCCUCCGCAGCCCGAUCAAUCUCACGCCGAUAUACGGCUUCUUUGGACCCCCUCCCUCGCCCCAGACCCUCGAAUCCCCCACCGCCGCCGACUUCGACGCCGCUCUGUGGGUCACACACACCCAGAACGGCAUACACCAGACCUGGGCUCCCCUGUACACGAUGUUCAGCCGGGGCAACAUCCGCGAGAAAACCCGUGUCCUGCGCUUGCCUUCCGUGAUCGCCUCUGUCGCCGAGCCCGCGGGCUGCACGAGCGUCGACCUCUACGCCGGCAUCGGCUAUUUUGUGUUUCCCUACAGAAAAGCUGGCGUCAGCAAAGUGCUGUGCUGGGAGAUGAAUCCGUGGAGUAUUAGAGGGCUGCAGAAAGGGGCAAAGAUGAACGGGUGGCGGUCGCAGGUUAUAGAUCGUGGGCAGGCGCCGUCAGAAGCACCGAGCGAGAGCGCUGACUUGAUUGUCUUCGCACGCUCCAAUGAGUUUGCGCUGGAGGAUCUUGCGGAGACGAAGCGUGCGAUGGACUUGCCUCCUGUUCGGCAUGUCAAUUGCGGGUUCUUGCCUUCUUCUAAUCUCUCUUGGAAGACCGCUGUAUACAUGAUUGACGGGCAGCUGGGCGGAUGGAUCCACGCGCAUGAAAACGUUGGUGUGAGCGACAUCGAGGAGAGGAAGGUGCAGGUGGUGACGGAGAUAACAGGACACGUCAAGGCCAGGGGUCUGCGAGGAGAAGUGAGGUGCGAGCAUGUGGAGAAGGUGAAGACGUAUGCGCCGGGCGUGAUCCAUGUGGUAUUCGACAUCUGGAUCAGUGCGACGUCGAGCCUUGCUGCGUCAUGA